AUGUCGCAAAAGUCCAGCUACACGACCCCGAAAUGGUGGAAAGAAGCCGUCAUCUAUCAAAUCUACCCGUCGUCCUUUCAGGACAGCAACUCCGACGGCUGGGGCGACGUUAAAGGCAUAACAUCUCGCGUCGACUACCUGAAACAGCUGGGCAUCGAUGUCGUCUGGACGUCGCCUAUCUAUAAAUCGCCCCAAGCGGAUAUGGGCUACGACAUCGCCGACUACAAGGUGAUUGACCCCAUCUAUGGCUCAAUCGAGGAUGUGGACAACCUCAUUUCGGAACUGAAAAAGCGAGAUAUGAAACUGAUGAUGGACCUCGUGGUCAACCACACGUCGAACAUGCACCCGUGGUUUCUUGAGUCGCGCUCCUCGAAAACAAACCCCAAGCGGGAUUGGUACAUAUGGAAACCGCCCAAAGCUGUCAGUAAUGCCGGCGUGACCGAGCCGCCAAACAACUGGGCACAAAUCCUAGGAGAAGCAAAUUCAGCCUGGACAUACGACACAGAGACCGGCGAGUAUUAUCUGUCUGUCUUCACGCCUGACCAACCGGACCUCAACUGGGAGAACCCGGAUGUAAGGGACGCCGUCUGGGAUGUGAUGCGCUUCUGGCUUGACCGCGGCGUGGCAGGAUUUCGCAUGGACGUGAUCAACAUGAUUUCUAAAGUGCCGACCUAUCCCGAUGCUCCUGUGGUCCUUGACCCAAAAACCCAUCAGUACCAACCGGGGACGCAAUUCUUCGUCAACGGCCCCAAACUACACGACUACCUUCGCGAGAUGAACCAGCAAGUCCUCUCCAAAUACGACACCAUCACUGUAGGCGAAAUGCCAGGCGUAUCGGAUGAAAACGAGAUCCUGCGCACAGUGGGCGCCAACGCUGGAGAACUCAACAUGAUAUUCAUCUUUGAUAUCGUCGACAUUGACAAGCCGAACGUGCGCAUGGCAUUGAAACCAUGGGACGUCAAGGAGAUGAAGAAGAUUAUCACGAGGUGGCAACGCUGCAUGAUCGAGCGAGAUGGAUGGAACUCUGUCUUCAUCGAGAACCACGAUAACCCGCGAAGCGUCAGUCGCUACACGGACGACAGCGACGAGUGGCGGGAAAAGGGCGCCAAGUUGCUUGCCCUCAUGCAAACGACACUCGGAGGCACUCUGUUCGUCUACCAAGGUGAAGAAAUCGGCAUGCGCAACGCGCCUACGCACUGGAACAUCUCCGAGGAGUACAAGGACAUCGAGACGAUAAACUACUGGAAGAAAUGCCAGCAGAUAUACAAGGACAACCCGGAAAAGCUAGAAGAAGGCAAGAAAAUCAUCCACAUGAAAGCCAGAGACCACGCGAGAACCCCCAUGCAGUGGGACAGCUCGGCCAAUGCUGGCUUCUGCAACGAGGGCGUCAAACCGUGGAUGCGCGUCAUGGACGAUUUCAAGCACGGCAUCAACGCGGAAGACCAGAUGAAGCAAGGUACCGGCACCAACAGCAACAGCGAGCUGUCCACAUGGCAGUUCUGGCAGCGAGGCAUCCAUGACCGCAAGAAACAUGCCGAUGUCUUCGUCUACGGCGAUUACCAAGAACUUUCGCCCGAAGACCCUAAUGUCCUGGCAUAUAUCCGCACAAGCGAGGCGGGGGAACAAUGGCUGGUCGUUCUCAAUUUCUCGGCCAAGGAUGUGGAGUGGCCGUUGCCUGAGACCCCGGCGGUCGAUUUCUGGGCUUGCAGUACGUAUACAAAAGGGCGGCCUGAGAAGCCGCAGAUGGGGCGCACAGCGUUGAGGCCGUGGGAGGGCCUUCUCGCCAAAUGCAAGACAUGA